AUGAUUAUUUGCACUCAUAUUCACUUUGAGAUUUAUUCAACUAUUAACUUUUUGCUUUAUUUUGCUUUAGCUCUUGGUAUUUUCUAUCUGUUGCUGCUUCCUUACUUCCUCUACUCCCACAAAAGUUUUCGAAAGUUUUCAGACCAGAUUUUGCAUAAAACAAAUUUUACAAAUAAAGAGCCUUUUCUGCACAUUUCUCAGAAUGGGGGAAGCAGUGGUGGGAGGGAAUUUGAGGGUCUUCACAGUUGCUGUGUGUUCUAUAUUAGAAAGCCACAAAAUUGGAAGCCAAAUAUGGUAAGGUGUGGUACCCAAACAAUAUUAUUGUCUUAG